AUGGAUCCGAUCAACGUGAACCUACCCGUCGAGCUUCUAGACCAUAUCAUACGAUUCACGAUACCAGAUUCGGAUUACCUAGCGUACUCUGCGUCACAUCCUACGACUAAGACAUUGCUGGCGCUAUGUAUGGUCUCGAAAGCCACUAACCGUAGUGCAAAAGCCUUGCUUUAUACUCACUGUCUUUACAUCGACGAGCCAUGGCGUCUAGAUCUCCUACUCACGAGAUCUUUUUGUCAACCGGACUUCCAGACCUCAGCCACUCACAUCAAGAACUUGUACCUUUCGCCAUUCUCCAGAGAUACAAUUCGUGAGCCAAAAGUCGUUACCCAGGUUGCAGAACUCUUCACUCUCCUCAGUCCGAGCCUCAAGCGACUAAUCAUCAACAUGCCGCUGCGGUCCCACUAUCCUGAGGAAGAUACUGUCGACAAGUUGCGACCCAUUCUUCGUAGCGGCUUCGAACAGCUAGUGCACCUCGAAGAAUUUUGCAGCAUAGAGGACGAAUUGUAUCUUGCGUAUUGGGAUCCGACAUUCUCCCAACAAGUCCAUCUCAAUGAGGUUAAUGACUUUAUGUUUGAAAGAUGGACAAAACUGAGCCGCCUUGCACUCUAUAAUCAAAUGCUUGACCCAGCUUUCUCGGCAGUACUCGCACGUAUGCCAAAUUUGGAGAAGGUCGUCUUGUCUGAACCGGACUACGAAGGAGAUGAGAUUUCAUGGGCGAGUGACAUGGCCCACCUGUUCGGUGACCGCAUCCGAUUCACGGUUGUCAACGCCACAGACAGGGCUCCCGAGGCUGGAAUUCGAAGCAUGAAAUGUACGAUCGAGUCUUCAAGAGCGCAAUCUGAUACGUGGAAGUACAAUGUUUUUACGAGCGACGACCUCGAUGAAAUCCCUGCCGUACAGAACUGGUCGCUACAAUGCGCGCUUGAUGGAAGCUUAUGGUCUUUGCCUGACGACUUGGACACCCAUUGA